AUGUCGUCGAACAGCACACAGCCACAGACGCCCGUCAAUGGACUGGAGGUGCCCAAGCAGGUCAAUCUUGGUACGCUGGCCACCUCGAAUCAGUGGAAGCGUGCGGCGCUGAUGGCCAAGUCUGCAUCGGCUUGCCGGGAGACCAAUUCGGAUGACAGCGAGGACGAGGUGGACACCAAGCAGCAGAUCAAGUACGGCAGCGGCUUCCAGGCGGCCAAGGCCAUCAUCCACGAGUAUUGCGACUACAGCACGAUCCAUGGCAUCCGUUAUCUGGGCGAGAAGAAGCGACCGUGGCUGGAACGUUUGUUUUGGGUCAGCGUGUUUAUGCUCUCGAUCUUCACCUGCUGCAAGCUGACCCUCAACAUCUGGGACAAGUGGAACAACAAUCCGGUGAUUGUCAGCUUUGCGGAGAAAUCAACGCCCGUGUGGCAAAUACCCUUUCCCUCCGUCACCGUCUGUCCCGAGACCAAGUCACGUCAGCGGGCAUUCAACUUUACGGACAUCUAUUGGCAAAUUCGCGAUUUCCGCAGCAAUGUCAGCGGUGUUGCCGAUUUGACCGAUAAGCAAAAAUCAACUUACGGCGCGGUGAGUCAGGUGUGCGAUGCCCCUUUGCAUGACAUCGAUUUUGGUAACAAGACGCGAAAGGGCAUUGAGAUUAUCGAUGCACUCAGCGAGGUGAUACCCCUCUUCGAUGAGACCUAUUUGGACUGCAAGUGGCGCAAUGCGCCCAUUAAAUGCAACGAGAUCUUUCACAAGUUCGUCACCGAGGAUGGCGUCUGCUACAGCUUCAACUCGCUGAGUCCCGCUGAGAUCUUUCGUGCGGAGGGCAUCAUACCCGAUAUUAUAUUCCGCGAGGAGAAUCGUCUGGCCACGGAGUGGAAUGUGGAGGAUGGCUACAGCAUUAGCGCCAACACCGAGACCUAUCCGCAUCGUGUUUUGGGCCCGGGCGCCAAGGCGGGUCUCUAUUUGUUCAUGGGCGGCAUUGAAGUCGAUUUCGAUGACAUGUGCCGUGGACCCGUGCAGGGCUUUAAGAUUCUGCUGCAUACGCCAGGUGAGGUGGCGCAGGUUACGCGUCAAUACUUUCGCAUACCCUUCGACCAGGAGGUGCUCAUAUCGAUACGACCCAAGAUUAUCACCACCUCGGAUGGCCUGAAGCACUAUGAGCCGCACAGGCGGCAGUGCUACUUUCAGAAGGAGCGUCAUCUACGCUACUUUAACAUCUACUCGCAGACCAAUUGUGAGCUGGAGUGCCUGGCCAAUUUCACGUUGGCCAAAUGCGGCUGCGUUAAGUUCUCCAUGCCGCGCAAUGUGAAUGUGCCCGUUUGUGGGGCCGGCAACUUGAAGUGCUAUAACGACGCGGAGGAUGAGCUGCUGCUGAAGGAGUUCGAGCAGGGCAUGGCCACCGAGGGCGAGAACUAUCGCGGCCAAACGGACUGCAAUUGCCUGCCCUCCUGCACCUCCAUUGCAUAUGAAGCGGAAAUUUCGCAGGCUGAUUUCGAUUACAAGACAGUUGCCAGCAAGGAUAAGGCCGAGGGCGAGGAGACAAAGCGCGAGGGCAUGAAAAUGUCACGGGUUUCGAUAUUCUUCAAGGAGGCGCAGUUCCUCACCUCGCGCCGCUCGGAACUCUAUGGCACCACCGACUUUCUGGCCAAUUGUGGCGGUCUGCUGGGCCUCUUUAUGGGCGUCUCGACGCUCAGCAUUGUGGAGCUGGUCUAUUUCUGUACGGUGCGUUUGGUUUCCAAUUUGCGUAUGCGCCGCAGGACACGCAAGGAGCUGUCCCUGGCCGCCAGCAAGGAGGCCUAGUAAACGCCAAAAUGAAGACUGCCGCUUAUCAAUAAACCAGUGGCAAUUGAAAAGGAUUCUCCUCAGUAAUCUCUCUCUCUCUCUCGGUGUGUUUUAACUGCAAACAAUGGAAAUAA